UUGCAUUAGAUAUAUCUCAAUCUCUGUAAAGUUGACUUAGCUUGAGAGAAGUUGGCGAGCGGUUAAAUACUGGCUGUUGAGUCCUUGAUUAACAAAGUGGCUUUGUAGUCUACUGGUUGAAGUGCUUGCAUGCACAAGCGAGGUCUUUGGUUCGACCCUUGAUGGAGGCGGUUUCUUUAUUAUUUUUAAUCAGGCUUGAUGGCUGAGCGUGGGCCGCUGAAUCUUGGGCCGAGCGGUCGAUUUGUGGGCCGAGCUUGACUUUGCGAGGCGGGCUGCGUGGUAGGUGCUCUGGAGAGAGAGACUUGCGGUUGCAAGUUUCUUGGCGGGCUGGAAGUGGAAGGCAGGCCCAGUGUUGAGCGAGCUUGAUUCCUUGGCAGGUAGCGUCAAGAGAGUCGGGACAGUUGGAGGUGAACCGCAAGGCGGUCUGCUUUGUGAAGAUGGGCUGAAUGGAGGCGGCCCAUCCUACCCAAUGCGGGUCACAUUCGUUGACUGAAAGAGCGGCGGACCUUGAAACAAAUACAUAUAGAGCGGUCCUCCUUUACCUGUACAACAUGGCGUUGUAGUCUACUGGUUGAAGCUGUAGAUCCCUUCUAGGCGGUCAUGUGUUCGACUCACAGCGGUCAUUGGCUUCCUUUCUUUUUUAAUUGAAUCCUGGAUUGGGCUGAUUGUGGCGGUUCCGCGGGCUUUUGGGCUUCGUUGGUCCGAUGCAUUCUUCAUUGCAAAGCAGGCCAUUAAUGGCGGUUUGCUACAUUGUGUGGUGAGGAAAGGCAUGGGUCGCGGGCCGCGGAAGCUUGAUGGAUGCAGAGUGGAUUGGGCUUUGGAGGCGGCCUGUUCCCCAAUGGGCCGGUGGGAAGGUAAUAAAUAGCGGCCGCUGCGAUAUUGAAGCACAAAAAUACUUUCUGAUCUGUUGGUUGUGCGUCCUGAUUCCGAGAAAAAGGUCAGCGGUUCGAAGUCUGGGGGACGCGCUUCUUCGACUAUUUUUGGAUUUGGCAAUCUUUGAUGAACGUGGAGAUGGGCCUGCGUGGUAGAGUGCGCUGGAGGCGGUCUUGGGCCUGCAGUGGUUGGCGGUCUCGCAUAUACGGAGAUGGGUCUUGGGCUCCUGCCAUGUUGGGGACGAGAUGGCAGUUGGGCCGCGUUCAGUUCGUGAUUGGGCACAGGCCUUGGUCAGCAUGUGAUGGUUGGGGCGUUCCAUCAAAGGAGGCGGGCGUGUCUUGACUCUAAAAGCAAGAUGGGCCAAUGCGUUCUUUGGAAGUGGACGCGGGUCAGAAGAGACUGGCGGUUGACCUGCGCUAAUGGCGAAGUGUUGGAGGCGGGCCCGCGUUCCAUGGGCUUUGGGCUUUAGAAAAUAGGUUGCCCUACUUUUCUUCCUCAGCGUUCUCCUCCUUCGAUUUAAGCUUGAGAGUGCGUCCUCCUUUGUUGGCGUCUUCCUCUUUUUUUUUUUUUUAAGAUGUUUUCCCGAGAACUCCCUCAACCAUCUUGGGAAGCUCGUCCGUUUGCUUUUCUGACAGAAGGGGAAAGUGGCUGCUCUUAGAGAGCCGAAAGCAGAAGUUUGGAGAAGAGUUGGAGAAGGGUGACAAUGACUUGUGAUGGGGACUCAGAGGUCACAUCUUGCUCUAGUUGGAGCUCCGGCAUCUCAUCACCCUCCGGCGCCGGAAUCUGGAAAAAAAAAAAAUCACAACAUACCCAUUUAUUUCUUCUAGUGCUCCUUUUCUCUUCCUUUAUUUCCCGAGGACGUUGUAGGGGUGAUGGCGACGCUGGCAGUAACGAGAGUCGGGGCGGCGACCGGUGACGAAGACAGGUUGUCCCGACGGAGACGAGUGACGGCGGCGAGUUAUGCUGCUAGGUCGAAAUCUGCGACUCCUUCCUUCUUUCGAUCCUCCAGUGGAAUUGUUGCGGGUGACAGCGAUUAUGGGGAGCUCCGGCGUCGAGUUUGUUCGGCGAUUGAUGGAAGCUUCCAUUCUUGGUCAGCGGCAGGGGACGAGAACGCUUGGCUGACGCCGCUGGUUUUCUCCCUUCUUUUCCUUGGAGUGUUACUACUGGAUCUGCAAGCUGAAUGUGAGGCUUUUUGAUUCGGCUGCUUGUUGUGGUUGAUUGGGGACGCUUGUCAUGAGAUAGCUUCAGAGAGUAGAAAAAGCUCUCAUGCCUAAUACUUCAAUUUGAGCAUUCUGUAAUUCUUGAACUCUGUUCUCCGCGAUUCCUCUUUUGUUGUCGUCGCCGCCAAUCCUCGUGUGGUUGGUCCAAGAAAAUGUAGAUCUGAGCGCUUUUCUCUUGCUCCGGUGGCUUCGGUCGGAUUUUGUCCGCCAAUUGGUUGUUGGUUGAAGGAUCAAUUUCUUCCCCCUCAAAAAUCAAAACGAAGUGAAUACCAGAAUCGUGCCCCACGGUGGGCGCCAAAUUGUUUGUGCCUAGAAUGUUUUAGGCGGUUAUGGGGCUCCGAUCUGGACUCCCUCGUCUGAUCUCCUCGGGAGUGGAAGAACCUGUGAGGCGGGGGGCGGCCCCCGGGAUACGCUCCGACGCCCAAGUUAGUACGAUAUAGGAGAGUGUAUGGUAUGUAGAGAGAUAAAGUAGAGUGAGAGACCUUAGGGGAAAGUGAGGAAGGGAAAAGAGAAGAUCCCUCUAGUUUGGAGGGUUAGCCUCCUUAUAUACGCUCUGUUUGGCAACAAGGGGUGCAAAUUGCAGAGGGGGUGCAAGUUGAGGGGUAAAUUGCUGGGGGGUGCAAAUUGCUGGGUUUGUAAGUGGAGGGUAAAUGUUGUUUGGAUGAAAAAGUAGGGGGUGCAAAUAGAGUGAAAAGUAAGUAAUUAUAUUAUUUUAAAGUAGAUUUUAAAAUUUUAAAAUAGAUUUUAAGAUUAUAAAAUAGAUUUUAAGAU